UUAAAAAGUCUGGUAGCCAAGCAAAAGUCGUCGAUAAAAAUAGGUUCUGUAUAGAAUUUUUGUCUCUCUGUCAUAACGUCGAAAAAUUGUAAUUUCUUUUUCUGGCAACAAUGUCAAUCAUAAUAAUAAAAACAUUGCUGUACAUGGAUAACUCCUCUUGUGUCAAAAAAAGUAUUGUUUAUUUGAGUAAAUAUUGUUUUACCGGUUCUGAUUAAUCAUAAUAAUUUGUCAAUAGUUUCGCUGAAAAAUUUGACAUGGAACUACUUGUAAAUUGUUCUAUUCAGAGAAUUCAUAGCGCUAAUUUAAAAAUUAAAGGUCUCAUGUUAGUUUCCUUUUACUCAGGCUUCAAAAAAAUGUGAAAUUAUAAACUUGAAAAAAAAGGUAUUGUGUGGAAUACAUUGAAGAGAAUUAACCAACAUGUUAAAUGUUCAGGGCCUGCGUCGAAAUGUGAAAAAUGUUGUUAAAAACUACACUGAUGCUCAAGUUAAAGUUAGAGAGGCAACAUCAAAUGAUCCAUGGGGGCCAUCCAGUACUUUAAUGAGUGAAAUUGCAGAUUUGACUUAUAAUGUAGUAGCUUUCUCAGAAAUAAUGCAAAUGAUAUGGAAACGUUUAAAUGAUCAUGGCAAGAACUGGAGGCAUGUUUAUAAGGCAUUAGUUCUUCUAGAAUAUUUAAUCAAAACUGGAUCAGAAAAGGUGGCUCAGCAAUGCAAAGAAAAUAUUUUUGCAAUUCAAACCCUGAAAGAUUUUCAAUAUGUUGAAGAAAAUAAGGACCAGGGUAUGAAUGUGAGAGAAAAGUCUCGACAAUUAGUUGGACUUUUAAAAGAUGAUGAACGACUUAAAAGUGAAAGAUCUAGAGCCUUAAAGGCUAAGGAACGUUUUGCGCAGUCUAUAUCUCAUUCUGGCAGUGAAGCAGCCGGUGGGUGUUCCCCAACUGGAAAAGAUUCUACUGAUGUAUCUCCUGAUGGUUUACCAUCUGCUAAAGGAGCUGUUUGUACAGAAUUAGAAAAUGCUCGCCCACAAACUGCUGGAGAGGAGGAGUUGCAGCUUCAGUUAGCUUUGGCAAUGAGUAAAGAAGAAGCUGAACAAGAGGAACGACUUCGUCGCAAUGAUGAUCUACGUCUUCAAAUGGCUCUUAAUGAAAGUCAAGAGAAUUAUGAAAAGACUGAUUCAAAGGAAACUAAUUCUAUUUCUGACCUACUGGCACUCAAUGCAUCGCAAGCUAAUCAUACAACUUCAAAACAAAGUACAGACCCUUGGGGAAUGCCAGUGUCUACAGAUCCUUGGCAAUCUAAAGGUCCUGUUCAAGCAGCAGAAAGUGAUGUUUGGGGUUCUGCAACUGGAGGCAAUUGGGUACCUCGUAUGUCAACCUCUGCCAGUGUUUCAUUUGAAGCUCUCGGCAGUAGAUCGGAUGCUGAUAUGGGCGAAUUUGAUUUACUAAAUAAACGUUCUGCCAUGAGCUCUCCAGAUACUACUGCUCACAGAUCAACUCCAAAUCCAUUUGAUAUGGCUGAUUUAAGAGAUUCCUUUGCUGUUAAUUCCUUCUCAAACAAUGAAAAUAGUAGCAGUUUAAAUAAUAUUAAGAAAACACCUGAAACAUUUUUAGGACCAAAUUCAAACUUGGUAAAUUUAGAUGCUCUUGUGAGCUCUCAAGGUUCAGAGCGAGAUCUAGCAUCUGGUAAUCCUUUUGGUGUUCCGCCUCCUGUUAGUAAUCCUUUUCAAGCUAUGAGACCUCCUCCUCCCACUAUAAAUCAACUUAGAGCUCAAAUGCAGAUUCCACCUCUCCCUUCUGGAAUUGUUGUACCUCCCGUUAUGCCUACUUCUGGCAUUCCAGUUGUUAUGCCAAGUGUUGCUACGUUUUCAUCAAGUCCUCAAACAAACAACCCAUUUCUUUAAAAGUGUCGUCUUAGGCUAGAUUUGCUGCUUCCAUAUUACAGUUGUGUGCCUCAUCCUUCUGUAACUGCUUAUUGUAAAUUUGUUUUUAACAAAAUUUUUGGUUUUCUGCUGGAAACCAAUUUAUUUGCAUGACAAGAAAGAAUUAUUGAUGUCGUAUUUUUUUACUCAGUUGUCCUUUUCAGAAAUAAGUUUUUAGCUUUUGAAAUUAAUUUUUUAUGACAAAGGAAUAUAUAUAUAUUUUUUUGUUUCAUUUUAAAGUAAUGGUGAUAACUGCUUUCCUUUCCCUAUUGUGCUGCUGAAUGAAAUAAAAUAUUAAAUGUGUUUAUAAGUUUUUAAAUAUUCUUAACAUUGUGUGUUAUGAGCUUCUGGUAUGAAUAUUAGUUGCAUAAAUAUGUGAGAAACAUUUGUCCAAGAAAUGAUAUGUAUUUUCCCAAUAAAUUAAUACCUGCAGUUUCACUGAUAAAUUAUUAUAUCAUUUGAAGCUAUCUUUUGAAUGAUGUGUAAAGGUAUUGUAAACUACUUUAUUGUGAUAUAAAAUAAGUAUAUUUGGCUUUAUUUCUAAAAAAACAACAAAAAAAACAUUUAUUGUAGUAGUGUUCUUUUUUAUAUUCUCAUUUCAUCAUUUUUUAGAUGUACCAUUAUUCUUUUUUAUUUUACAAGUCCAGUAUUAUAGCUAUACCGGUUAAUUUUAGUGGAUGGAUUAGUUCAUGAUUUUUAACAUCUUUAUCUGAAAUUUUAGUGGUACAACUUUACUAUGUUAAAUCUGAUUUUAUGUGCAACAUUAAGAAAUAUGACUAAUUUAUUGUUCAGGACUAAAUAUUGUACUAAUUUAUUAUAUUGACUAAUUUAUUGUAUUUCAUGCAUUUUAUACUAUUUUAUGAAUAGUUUAUUAAUAUCCAGUUUUUGUGAAAUAGCCUGGUUAUUAAUUUUUUCUUAUCCAAUAUCAUUCACAAUAUCAUUUCACUGUAAAGUGGCUAGCUUGAAUAUUUUUCCUUGACAAUGAUGUGUUUAAUUUAUAUUUUUAAAAACCUUUCUUUUUUAAACUUGAUGUUUUAUCAUAAAAGUGUUGCAUUGGUAAUUAUGUGAUAUUUUUUAGCUUUAAAUGAUAUUUUUAUUGAUUUUAACCAAACUUGUCUUCUUUUAAUUAAAUUUUUCCUGUCAUCUUUUUAUAUACUAUGUUAUAUACUUAAGAGGUCACACUACCCAUUCUUAUCUAUAGUGUAGUUUUUGUUUGCGGUCAAUAACUACAUGUUUGCCUGAUUAAUAAUUUCAGGGGCUGUCUUAUUGUUUUACAUUAGGUAUAGGUUUCCUUAAAAAGUUCUUGAUUUCCUAACCAAGAAUUAUUUCCUUUUGUAAAAAUGUAAAUAAUGGCAAGGUUAAAAGUAAUUUUUUUCCGUUCUUCAUUUAAGGGCAGACCCUAUUUCAGUUUGCAUUAUAUUAUUCAAUUUUUAAAUAUUGAGUCAAAACACCAGUUUAAAUGAGUUAUUUUUCACAUGUCUUAAAAAAUAUCUUUUUAGUCCUCUUUUAAACUUUGAAAAAUUUUAAAUAAAAAAUGCUUUUAUUGUUUUCUGUUUGCAGUGACUAAGUUGUAAAAAAGUCUUUUUUUUUAUUGAAUAAUAUUACCAUUAAGAAUUAAUUCUUAAAAGUUUACUGAUAAAGAUUUUAUUUGAAAAUGACUAAAUAGAAACAAGAAUCGUUAUUUAACAUAGAGUAUAGAAAAUAUUAGGUUUGUGAAAAAGUUUUUAUUUAAACUCAAAUUCUUAUUUUAUAAUUAUUGCACAUUAAUGCUUAAUCAAAGUUAUGUAAAUAAUAGACUCCAUUCAGUUCUGCAAUUUUUUGCCAACAUUUUAGCAGCAUUCAACUUUAGGAAAAACGGUAGUUUCACAAAUUCAAUUUUAGGAAAAACGGUAGUUUCACAAAAUACUUUUUCUUAAAAUUUUAUUUUUGCAUCCCUUAACAAACGAUAAGUCCAUAUUUUUGUGUUGAGUUUUUAACAUAAUUUUUAUUUUUUCACAAAUGAUAUCUAAAUUUUCACAAAAUAGGUACCUCUCAGAAAACCCUAGACAGACCCCUGCUAUCAAAUCCUUCCUGUCACAACUUCAAUGGUCAUGAUUCCAAAACUGCAUCAAAAAUUGUUUCUUUUGCUAAAUUAAAGAUACAUCUGUUAAAUAUAAUCUAAAGGGGCCAUUUGUGGGCUGUAAGGUGAAUUUGUCAUAAGUUGGUACAACUGGUGAUCAUACUCGCAUGCCGUCUUACAUUGCCUUGUUGAAAGAUGACUAUCUUUUCUUUUAUCUUAAUGUUGCAUGGCUUUUAUCAAGCCCCUUGAUGUGUGUCACAAUUAAUAGGAUAUUAUAAGUACAUCAAUGAAAAUUAUAAGUACUCAGUAUGUAAUAUAAAUCUUUGUAGAUGUUUCUAUCAAAUUCUCUCCCUAACAAAACCUUCUUGGUGAGUUUAAUGUUGCUAACAUGCUGUCAAACUAUGUCCUUUUUCUAAUAACGUUAUUAAAACAAACCCAUUUUUUUAUCACCAUCCAACUGAAAAUUGCCAUUAUGGAUAUAUUUUCAGAAAUUUCUCUCAAAUCUUACCAGAGUAAUGCUUUGUCAAAUUGUUAUGUAGCAUAUCACAAUUAAACUUUGACCAGAUUUAUGUGUUUUCAAAUCUUACACAACUGUUUUAGGGUAAACAUUGAGGUAUGCACCAAGCUCUUGAGUUGUAUUACUGUUAUCUUUUGGAAAACCUUGGGUAUCUCCUCAUCAUUUUUAAUAUGUCUACCACAGUGAAGAUUAUUUUCUUACCUAAAAUUUCAUAUCCAGAAUUUGUGAUAACACUCUUCCCUGAAUGAUACUUUAAUCUAAGCAAUCAUAUAAUCUUUUUAAUGUGAUUGCUAUUCAUCUUAUCUUACCUUUUUGUUCACUAAAGAUAAACCAUGAAUCAGUUGGCAAAA